UUUUCAGCCAAACUAGAUGGUGUAAAAACGUAUAUGAAUUUACGUCGAGUUCCAUUAAAGCUUCAAGAUCGCGUUAUAAAAUGGUUCGAUUAUUUAUGGAUGUGUAAUAAGUCUAGUGAUGAAGACAGAGCACUCUCAUUGUUACCGGAUAAGCUCAAAGCCGAAAUAGCUAUCCAUGUGCAUUUAGAUACCUUAAAACGUGUGGAGAUAUUCCAACAGACUGAAGCAGGAUUUCUAUGUGAAUUAGUGUUACGUUUACGACCUGUUUUAUUUUCACCUGGGGAUUAUAUCUGUAGAAAAGACGAGGUUGGUAAAGAGAUGUAUAUAGUUAACAGAGGACGAUUACAAGUGGUAGCUGACAAUGGUAAAACCAUGCUAGCUACUCUUAAACCAGGCAGCUAUUUUGGUGAAAUUAGUAUUUUAAAUAUGGGUACUGCUGGCAAUAGACGAACUGCUUCCGUCAGAUCAGUGGGUUACUCUGAUCUCUUCUGUUUAUCCAAAAAAGAUCUUUGGGAUGUUUUAAAAGAAUACCCC